AUGAGGCCUCCCGAUGUUCGAUGCAAGAUUCCACUCUACUAUCAUCGUCACAUGAUGAGACUCUCUACACAGCUGUUCACGCUUGUGGUCCUCUUGUUCUCGCUAAGCAGUUUAGUCGUUGGUUACAAUGUGAGCACUGAUUACAUCUCACCAAAUUCCACAGGUGUUCGAAUCCAGCACGGCUUUGAGACUGUGCUUGUCCAGCCCUAUGGAUAUGACGGUUUCCGUGUCAGAGCAUGGGCUUUUCGACCNCCCAGCGGCAAUGAGAUCAGCUUCCUUUGCGAUCCACCUGUCGAAGGCCCCGAGAAUGGCAAAGCUCGAGGUAUGAGCUACGAUACCAGGUCUAAUGGCAACACCUCGAUCUCAAUUCGGAAUGGCAAUGCUGUAUUCAGGACUUUUGGGCUCGAUAAUGGCCAUUAUCGCCUCGCAUUCUAUCGUAUCGAGGUGAAUGGUUCAGAGACGCUCCUCACCAAUGAAUACAAUCCUGUCAAGUCUCUGAACCCUCGAUACUAUUCGUGGAGAGGUCCUGGAAGCGAGUUUUCUGCAGCAUUCUCUUUCAGCACAGAUCCCGAUGAGCAAAUAUACGGUACCGGCACACAGCAAGAUCAUAUGGUCAACAAGAAAGGUGCCGUGAUUGAUUUGAUCAACUUUAACACACACAUACCCACGCCCAUGUUCAUGAGUAGUCGAGGCUAUGGCUUUGUCUGGAAUUCGGCUGCUGAAGGUCGCAUGGAGUUCGGUCCGCUGCGGAACCGCUUUACAUCUGAAUCAACAACUGUAGUAGAUUAUGCCAUCGUCAGCGCUGCACAAGGAGAUUAUGACGCCCUUCAACAAAAGUUGUCUGCAACAACUGGUCGUGCCCCGACACCUCCAGACUUCUCGCUCGGCUACCUGCACUCUAAGCUCCGUUACGAAAACCAGACGGAAGUUCUGCUGCUUGCUCAAAAUUUCCACAAUCGCAGUAUACCCGUAUCCAUGAUUGUUAUUGAUUAUCAGUCGUGGGCGCAUCAGGGUGACUGGGGACUCGAUCCUGCUCUGUGGCCUAAUGUCUCUUAUAUGGCCCAGCAAGUGAAGCAGCUUACGGGUGCUGAGAUGAUGGCUUCGCUUUGGCCUAGUGUCGAAGAUGCCAGUGUUAACUAUAUCGAGAUGCAGGCGGAUGGUUACCUCUCUGCCACUCGUUCUGGCCCUGGUACGACCGAUUCAUGGAAUGGAACAUAUAUCCGCAAUUACGAUUCUACCAACCCUGAUGCACGAAAAUUUCUAUGGGACACGCUCCGCCGCAACUACUACGAAAAGGGGAUCAAAAACUUCUGGAUUGACCAAGCGGAUGGUGGUGCACUCGGGGAAGCGUGGGAAAACAAUGGACAACAGUCAUAUAUCCAGAGUGUUCCCUAUCCUCUGCCUGAUGUGCUGUACCAUGCAGGCACGCAACUCAGCGUCGGCAAGCUCUACCCUUGGGCACAUCAACAAGCUAUCGAAGAAGGCCAACGUAAUGCUUCGAAUACACAGCAAGGCUCUGCAUGUGACUCGCUGUCGCUAUCUCGAUCAGGCUACAUCGGCUCCCAGCGCUUCUGCAGUAUGAUCUGGUCCGGUGAUACAGUAGCCAAUUGGGAGACUCUCGGAGGCCAAGUCGCGAACGCAUUAUCUGCUGCGGCAACAGGUUGGGGUUGGUUCACAGUCGAUGCAGGAGGUUUUCAAGCCGACCCAACCAUCGAGUGGAGCAACAACAUCGACAGACACGAAUACCGCGAACUGUACGUGCGAUGGCUACAAUGGACCACUUUCCUACCCUUCAUGCGUAAUCACGGCAGCAGAAGUUGCGACACCAAAAGCGCAUUUACCUGCGACAACGAACCAUGGACCUAUGGAGCAGAAAACACGCCUACCAUAGUCUCCUACAUCAAUCUGCGCUACCAACUCUCCGCCUACCUACGCGCGACCUUUGCAAAGUUUUCCGAGACCGGAAGGAUGAUAAUGCGACCAAUGUACAUGGACUUUUCACUCAGUGAUCCUAGUAUCACUGCGUGGACGAAAGUCAACAACAAUUUUACGACGCAGCAAUAUAUGUUUGGACCUAGAUUCCUGGUUACCCCUGUCACACUACCCAACAUGACCACUUGGGAGGUUUACCUUCCUCAAACAAGUGGCAGUCAAGAGAAACCUUGGACUUAUUGGUGGACUAAUGCGACGUAUGCUGGUGGACAAGUCGUCAAUAUUUCUGCGCCUUUGGAGCAUAUCCCUCUGUUCCACCUCGGUAGCCGCGAAGACAUCAUGAGUGGAAAUGUCUUCUAG